AUGGAUGUCAACCACCGGCGGUCUGCACGUUCGGAGCUGGAUCUACGCAAGUUCUCGCGGACAUACACGUUGAUUGUAGAGGCCUGGGACUGGGACAACGGCACACGCAACAAUGAGGAGGAGCUGCUGAUUGAACGCAGCAUUCACACUGGUAUGAUCAACCCCGGUGACCCCUGGCAGACCAUCCCGUACGACGGGCCGGUGGCUCGCCUCAUCUACCGUAUCCGAGUCCGCUGUGAUGAGAACUACUACAGCAACAAGUGCAAUAAGCUGUGUGUUCCUCGUGACGACUACUUUGGCCACUACCGCUGCGAGCCCUCUGGGGCCCAGGUGUGCCUGGAUGGCUGGAUGGGCACAGACUGCAGGACAGCAAUCUGCAAGCAGGGCUGCAACUUGUUACAUGGCAGCUGCUCUGUCCCAGGGGAAUGCAAGUGUAGCUAUGGCUGGCAGGGCCAAUUCUGUGAUGAAUGUGUGCUCUACCCUGGAUGUGUCCACGGGACCUGCAGCAUGCCAUGGCAGUGCAACUGCGAGAGGAACUGGGGUGGGCUGCUGUGUGAUAAAGAUCUGAAUUACUGCGGGCGCCACCAGCCUUGUGUCAACGGAGGAACCUGCAUGAAUACCGAACCAGAUGAGUACUUCUGCGCCUGUCCACAGGGAUACUCCGGCAAGACCUGUCAGAUAGCCGAGCACGCCUGUGUUUCCAGUCCUUGCGCCAACGGUGGUACGUGCCACGAGGUUCCCACAGGGUUCGAGUGCCUGUGUCCUCCAGGCUGGGAGGGUCAGACCUGUGCCAACAAUUUGGACGAGUGUGCCUCCAGCCCAUGUGCUCAGGGUGGAACCUGCAUUGACCUGGAGGAUGGCUUUGAGUGUGUGUGCCCUCCACAGUGGGAGGGAAAGACCUGCCAGAUAGAUGCAAAUGAGUGUGCAGGAAAGCCCUGUGUGAACGCUAACUCUUGCAAAAAUUUGAUUGGUGGAUAUCACUGCGUCUGUUUUCGGGGAUGGUCCGGACAAAACUGUGACAUCAACAUCAGUGGCUGCCAUGGUCAGUGUCAGAAUGGAGCAACAUGCAAGGAGGGCCCGAGAAGUUACCACUGCCAGUGUCCUCCAGGUUUUGUGGGCACUCACUGUGAAAUCCAGAGGAAUAAGUGUGACAGCAGACCAUGCCAGAACGGCGGCCAGUGUCACUCAGUGUUGGGUGGCUUUGUGUGUCAGUGCCCAACAGAGUUUGCUGGACAGCUGUGUGAGAUCUCUAGCUGGUCCCCCUCCGAUGCUUGUGAUCCAAACCCUUGUGAGAAUGAGGCAAAGUGCCACAGCAUGGACCAGGACUUCUACUGUGCAUGUCCUGAAGGCUACGAGGGAAAGACGUGUGAACGGCUCAAGGAGAGCUGCCAGACCACCCCGUGUCAAGUCAUUGACAGCUGCACUGUUGCUGUAGCAACCAAUGACUCAGCUGGUGUGCGACACAUCUCCUCUAACGUCUGCGGCCCACGAGGACGCUGCAUCAGCCAGCCAGCGGGCAACUUCACCUGCGUGUGUGAUCCAGGGUUCAGUGGCAUCUACUGUCAUGAAAAUAUUAACGACUGCAUCAGCAGCCCCUGUGGAAAUGGAGGGACCUGCAUUGAUGGAGUGAACUCCUUUCAGUGCUUCUGUCCUGAUGGCUGGGAGGGUCGACUCUGCGACCUCAAUGUCAAUGAGUGCAGACACAACCCGUGUAAGAAUGGUGGACGCUGCGUCGACCUGGUGAACGACUUCUACUGCGAGUGUGCCGACAGCUGGAAGGGCAAGACCUGCCAUUCCCGAGAGAGCCAGUGUGAUGCAACCACCUGCAGUAAUGGAGGCACCUGCUACGACCACGGGGAUGCCUUCCGUUGUGCCUGCCCAUUGGGUUGGGGAGGGAACACGUGCAACACAGCCAAGAACAGCACAUGCGCCUCCAGUCCAUGUUCCAACGGUGGAACCUGUGUCGGAGGGGGAGACACCUUCACCUGCAUCUGCAAAGAGGGCUGGGAAGGUCCCACCUGUGGCCAGAAUAUAAACGACUGCAACCCUCAUCCAUGUUACAAUGGCGGUAUCUGUGUGGACGGAGUCAACUGGUUUCGGUGUGAGUGCGCUCCUGGUUUUGCUGGACCAGACUGCAGAAUCAACAUAAACGAGUGCCAGUCUUCACCGUGUGCCUACGGUGCCACCUGCGUGGAUGAGAUCAACGGUUUCCGCUGCAUCUGUCCACUUGGUAGAACAGGCGCACGAUGCCAAGAGUUCAUAGGUAUUGGGAAGACUUGCCACUAUGCUGGGCUGCAGUUUCCCCACAGCAGCCGCUGGGAGGAAGAGUGUAACAGCUGCCGUUGUAUCAAUGGCAAAGUGGACUGUACAAAGGUGCUGUGUGGUCGUCGUCCCUGCCGCCUCCAGUCGUCAGGCCAGGACCAGAGACAGCAGUCCUGCCCGGUUCGACAAGAGUGCCUGAAGCACAGCUACCUCACAUGCUUUUCUCCCCCUUGCCAUGAGUGGGGGGUUUGUUCCAUGGCUGGGCCCUCACCUCCACAAGCAACCACCAAGUGCCAGCCAAACAGCGGGUAUUUGGACAACAGCUGUGGUCACUUAACACUUGUUUUCAACAGAGACAAAGUACCACCAGGAACAACAGUGGAGAACAUCUGCUACGAGCUGAGGUAUCUUCCUGACACCCGAAGCUUGGCAAAAGACCACGCCCUUCUCCUGCUCUGUGACCUCUCUCAUUCAAAUCAGGAUGCUGUAGAGGUGGCUAUAUCUUUCCAGCCAGAGGAUCUACCAGACCACAGUCUGAUCCAGGAGGCAGCCAGCGCCAUAGUGGGCUCCUUAUCCAAGCGCCACAACAGCACCAUCAUGCUAGCUGUCAUUGAGGUCAAAGUGGAAACACAGGUUAUGCCUCCGUCAGUGGAUUACCUGGUGCCUGUACUAUGUGUGGUCUUCUGCUUGCUCUGCCUCUUCUGCAUCAUUGUAUGUGUUUGGUGGACCCGCAAACGGAGAAAAGAGCGUGAGAGGAACACACGAUUAGCCACUGACGACAACGUGAACAACCAGUGGGAGCCACUUCGGCUCGUCGUGGGACGUCAGCAGCAGCAGCAGCUGAAAGAAAGCAACAGGGAGGCCGAACAGGAGCGCAAAAAGCUCAUGGGCCCCUCCUAUCGGACGUGUGAUGAGGGCGAGGAGGAGGAGGAGGAGACAGAAGGCGAGCUUGAGCUCGAGGAGGAGUGUGGUGGAGCAGAGGCGGGAAAGCAGCCAGUUAGUAAGUACUCUAAGACUGCAGUGCAGUCCAGUGGGGGAGUGAUCUGUACCCUGCACAGCUCCAGUUCACCCCUCAAAGCACCCCACCGGACCCCAGGCUACAGCCCCAAAGACAACCGCUGGAAAAAUGUCAGUGCCGCCUUGACUGGUCAAAAAGACCUCAGAGACCAUUGUGUAUAAGAAAUUUAGACAAAGGACUUGCAAUGUGGAAGCGAACGGCUC